AUGGAUAAUCUGGAUGUUCAAAAGAGGUUAGAGUGGAUGAGGUGUGCUAAUAGGACAGACAAUCUCUAUAUAAAUGGAGUUAAUUCCUUUCUUCAAUUUGCUUUUGGUGACUUAGAAACAAAUAGUGAUUUAGGAGAAGAGGAAAAGAAGGUACCUUGCCCUUGUAAUCGAUGCAACAAUGGUCCACAUAAAACAAAGGACGAAAUUUACAUCGACUUGAUAGUGAAUGGAAUCGAGCAAGGUUAUGUUCGUGUGAUCUAUCAUGUAGAAUUCAAACCCCCACAAAAGAAAAGUAGAAAUGAUUUGGGAGAUAAUGCUCAUGAUGAUAUAUUUAGAAUGAUCCAUGACAGGUUUAGUCUCAGAGUCUCUAAUAAUGAUGACAUAGAUGACAUGUUAGAUGAGGAGCAACAACCUAAUGAGUUUGAUCAACCUAGAUAUAAAAAGGAUACAAAAGAGGCAAAAAUGUUUGAAAAUUUGAUGAGAGAUGCUCAACAAACUUUAUACCCCGGGUGUAAUGAAUUCUCUAAAUUGUCAUUCAUUUUGAAGUUAUUCCAAAUCAAAUGUAUGGAUGGCAUGACUAAUAAAGCUUUUACUAGUAUGCUUCAUAUGUUCAAAAAUGCUUUGCCUAAAGGUGCUGUUUUGCCAUCAAAUUAUUGUGAAGCACGUAAGAUUAUUACUAAUCUUGGUUUCGAUUAUGAAAAAAUAGAAGCAUGUGAAAAUGAUUGUAUGCUAUUUUGGAAAGAGAAUGCUAACCUUGAAAAGUAUUCCAUAUGCGAUACUAAGCGUGAUAAAGCUUCUCCUAAAGUGUUACGCUAUUUCCCACUAACUUUGAGGUUGCAAAGGCUAUUCAUGUCGUCCAAAACAGCAAAUGAGAUGAGGUGGCACUCUGAUAAACGAGAAGAUGAAGGAGUACUUAAACACCCAGCAGAUAGUGAAGCUUGA